AUGAGUAAAGAAUCAAAGAUGACUAGGGAAGUGUACGACGCAGUGUUACUUACAGCAGGAGCAGUUGGUAUAUCAAUGGCAUCAAAGAAACUAUUGAAAGAACCCUUAGGCACCCCAGAGAAUGUAAAAGGAAUGGUAAAGUUAGCCGUAUCAGUUAGUCUUUCAUCUCUACUGGUCUCUUACCUGAAAGAAAAGAAGUAUCUACCAGAUGAUCCAUUCAAAACCUAGGUAAAACUAUACAAUGGCGGGGGCAGUAGCAGGAGGACUCUUUAAUGCAUUUGCAUUUGCGGGAGCAGGAUACCUAUUUAAAAUGUUUGAUAGGAACGGAUACGCUGAGGAGGCUAAAAGACAUAACCUUGCAAUGGAGAAUCUUACAGCUGAAAGAGAAAAGUACCUCGAAGAGGUCACUGAUAGGAGAAAUAGGAUUGCUCAGCUAAAGUCAGAACUAGCUGAGCAAAUAGGGAUAUCAAGUCAACGAACCAGUCACUAG